AUGGCUGACAACAACACCGCUCGGGAUGUUGAGAACGUCGAUGCGGACAACGAUCAUGACCACGGCCAUGACCCCAUCGACGAAAAGUCGGCAGCCGAAGCCGUCAGGGCUGCCGGUGGACUCCGCACUGUGGACGCCGGCCUUGGUGCCGACCAGGUCGUGCUCGCCCUCGACAAGGAGCGCGAGGCACGCAUCCUCCGCAAGAUCGACUGGCACCUCGUGCCGCUGCUGUCCUUCCUCUACCUCAUCGGCUAUGUCGACCGCAGCAACAUUGGCAACGCCAAGAUCGCCGGCAUGGCGGACGACCUCAAGCUGCAGGGCCUCAUGUACAACACGGCGUUGACGCUCUUCUUUGUGCCGUACGGGCUGUUUGAGGUGCCGAGCAACAUUGUCCUCAAACUCAUCCGGCCGUCGAUUUGGAUCUCGGUGUUGCUGUUCUGCUGGGGCCUCGUCAUGACGCUCAUGGGCAUCGUCAAGAGCGCUCAGGGCCUCUAUGCGGCCCGCUUCUUUUUGGGCUUUGCCGAGGCCGGCUUCUUCCCUGCGUCGACCUUCUUGCUGACCAUCUGGUACAAGCGGUACGAGGUCCAGACCCGCAUGGCCGUCUUCUAUGCCGCCGCUUCGCUUGCCGGCGCCUUUAGCGGUCUGCUGGCCUUUGCCAUCCAGCACAUGAAGGGCAUUGCCGGGCUGGACGGCUGGAACUGGAUUUUCAUCUUGGAGGGCAUCGUCCCCGUGAUCAUGUCAUUUGUCGUUUGGAAGAUCCUGCCCGACAGCCCCGAAACGGCCAAAUUCCUGACCAACGAGGAGAAGGAGUUCAUCAUCAACCGCCUGGCGCUCGAGACCGGCACCGGCCGCGGCCGUGUCACCAACUCCGACCCCAUCCGCUGGCACCACGUCGUCGAAGGCUUUUCUGAUUGGCGCAUCUGGUGCGGCGUCAUCUGCUUCUGGGCCUGCACCAUUGGCACGUACGGCUUCUCCUCCACAGCUCCCACCAUUAUCCUCCAGUUGGGCUACGAGAGCGCCAACGCCCAGCUCAUGACCGUGCCCAUCUAUGUCUUUGCUCUGGUGUUGGUCAUCCUCUUCGCCUGGGCCAGCGACCGCGUGCAGCAGCGCACGCCCUUUAUCAUGGCCGGCUUCGCUCUCGCGAGUGUCGGCCUCAUCGCCGAGCUUGCCAUUCCCCACCCACGCAUGACCGGCGUCUCGUACUUUUUCUUGUACCUCAUCGCCGGCGGCCUGUUCUCGCCCUUCAUGUGUGUCGUCUGCCUCAUCGGCAACAACUUGGCGCCCAGCAGCAAGCGUGCCGUCGGCCUGGCCGUCUUGAUUUCCGUCGGCAAUCUCGGCGGCAUCUGCGGCAGCAACAUCUUCUUGUCCAAGCAGGCGCCUCGCUACCAGGCCGGCUACGGCACCUGCCUGGGCAUCUGCUUGGCCGGUAUCAUCGCUGCGUAUGUGUUGCGGGUCGCCUAUGCCCGCGAGAACGCCCGCCGUGAUGCCAUCGUUGAGGGUCAAACGGAGGAGCAAAUUAACGCACAGUACACCGAGCAGCAACUGCUGGAUCUGGGCGACCAGAAUGUGUACUUCCGGUACACUCUGUAG